AUGACGCCACCCGCGCGCUCCGCCAACGCCCAGGCCGACGGCGAUCAGGGCCCUCUGCUUGCGCCCGCGCGAAGUAGAGAUGGCCGUUCACUGCCCGCACCCGCCAGCAGCAUGAUGGCCGGGUCGCGAGCGCAAGCUUCUUACGCGACGGCUAGGGAGGCUCCUGGGAGCUUCAGUUCGCAGCUACGGCCAACUACAUCGCACGAUGGCCGGCUGAAGCCCGACUUUGACACUCACGCCAUCAUUGUGGGCGACAUCAAUGAUACGACUACCGAGCAGCGGCAGGCCGAGUAUCAGGAUCAGAUCGAGAAAGAAACCAAGAUCAAGAUAGGGUCUGAGAACCUCUUGGAGGCUCUGAAUGCCAAAAAUGCGAAGAACACCAGAGACCAGAGGUUGCAGGUGGAGGAGCAGCUGAACAUAUCGAACAGGAAGCUCGCGCAGCUAAAGUCUGGAUUGGCGGCCGAAAUACAAAGAGCCAAAGAGAUUAAGUCCCCACCCGCCGAGGCCCAGAGCAGGCUCUCUUAUUUAUUCCGUCGUAAUCUCUCCCGGUCACCGUCGCGACAUAUUACAAAAAAGGAUAACGAUGAGGAUGACGAGACGGAGUCGCCAACAUUUGUGCUUGCUGAGAUACUGCGGGCUUUGGAGGUUGCUGGGAUGCAGCCUGAGUACUACGUGGAAAGAGCGAACUCACUAGUGGACCUCUUCAAAAGACAUUCUACGCUCAAAUACGAACUGGCAUGGUCGAUCUUUGGCUUGAGAAUGCAGACUAUGUUGCUCAGCGACAGCCGUGAGGUGGUCGCUGCUGCGUACCGUAUCAUGCGCUAUACGUUCACUGAUCGCAAGUCUCUGCAGAUCAUCCGAGGCCUACACACCGACUAUCUAGUCAUCCUAUCACUGGUCAAGGAAAGCAAGGCUAGUGUUGAAAGAGAGCAAGCACUCAAAUUUGUCCGUGCCUUUCUGGACGUGAAAGGAGGAGUGGAAGAGAUCUCACGUUCCGUCGUCCGAAUAUUGGUGGCUGUCGCUGAGCACACCGACGAUCGGUUGAGGAACAUCGCCAUCCUUACCUUGGCCGAAAUACUAGUGAAGAAGCCAGCCCUUCUGGUCGAUUCUGGUGGAAUGGGAACUUUGACGGACGCUCUUGGAGAAGGCAGUUACUACGCCGCGGAGAGUGUAGGGAGCGCUUUCGUGUAUCUGCUGGAUACCCCGCAGAGACGCCACUUCCUUCGCUCCGGACACGAGCUCGAGGCACCCUUUGCCAUGUUCACGGAUGCUGGGACUGCGCAUAGCCACCUCCACGAAGAGAAGCUAAAGGCGAACGCCAAAGUCAUUGCCUCCUUGCUACGGAGCUGGUCUGGCUUUCUAUCCCUCUGCAUGGAUGAUUUUCUCGCUAUUCGAUCGUUGCUCAUAUCGCUAGAAAUUCCCACAGUCCAUGUGCGCAAUGUCUUAUUGGAACUAUUGUUCGAUAUACUAAGAAUUAAACCUCCUUCAUGGUCGACAUCCUUCCUCGCUGGCCGUCGCUUGACCACCUACGGGCGUGUCACGAAUCUGAGGAACCAAGCUAUCCAGGACGAUUCUGGCCCCAGCACGGACCCUACAAAUAAGUGGAAUCUUCUAGAGCAUUAUGUCGCCAUGGUGUUGGCUGCAUUUCUACAUGCUGGUCUAAUCCCAGCACUUCUCAAAGCUGAGGAAGAUCCUUUGAGUCUUCCCCUGAAACGAAAGACAACACUCCUCCUUGGCGAGGUGCUGAAGAUGGCCAACGAGCUCCUGCCACCAUCAUGGAGUUCGGAGCUGCAAGUGCUUCCGCAGCUCCUUCGGUCUGCUGCAAAUUUUGACACCGAGGCCCGCUUUGUUGCAAUCGGUACCAUCUACCAAGUCGACAGUGUCAAUAGAACUUUAUAUCGGUCAGGAACAGCAUCAAAUCAACCGACCAAAGGCAUCAGCAAAGGUGACAGCGCCGCAUCUGCAAGGCAGACCGAUCAGUCCAAAGCUCAGGCCGCGAUGCAGAUGGACGAAACAACGUUCCGAGCCAUGAUGGUGGACACGCAAGUUCUAGGCACUGUCACAUUUCAGAAGUGGAGAUGGGACUUGAUUCAGACCAUCAUCGACGGACCGCUACUCAACGCUAAGCGUUUAGAUGAGGCCACGAAGGUGACGAAAUUUGUUCAUCGCUUGCUCGGUUUCUAUCGUCCGUUCAAGUACCGAUUCUCAGAAGUCAAGAACACAAAGCCGAACCAGCGAUAUGUUCGUGCCGGAUGCGCCCUGAUGCGAACACUAUUGCAAAACCCCGAAGGCGUACGAUAUCUGAGCGACAGCAAGUUCAUCCGGCAGCUUGCGGAAUGCCUGUCUCAUUUUGACAGGAUGAGCGGGUUGACAUCUGAAUCUCCUAUGUUCCAAGAGGACCGGAUGAACGAAACCCUCACUGGUGGCUACUUCGCGCUUCUCGGUGCGCUAACCAAAGAUUCCAAGGGUAUCCAGAUUCUCGAACGCUGGAGAGUCCUGAAUAUGUUCUACCACAUCAUAGAGCUGAACGACCGUGACGACCUGAUCAAAACCUUGCUGAGCAACAUGGACUACACCUUGGAUGGACAUCUACGCAUCAUCAUCUCCAAAGCCAUGACGUCCUGCUCCAAGGAAGUCCGCAUCUUCGCGACUAGACUUUUACGAAAGUACGCCACAAGACCCAUACAGCCGACGGAUUCGUCAAGUGUUGCGGAAUGGGCCAUCAAAUCGUUGGUGACGCAGCUGUACGACCCCGACGUUGAAGUGUGCGAGGUUGCCAUCAAAAUAUUAGAAGAAGCAUGCAACCAAACAGAGUCUUUAGAAUACGUCGUGAAGUGUCGCCCAGCGUUGGAUCACCUAGGUGAAAUCGGCGCGCCCCUAUUGCUCCGAUUCCUCUCCACUUCGGUUGGCUACCACUAUCUGGACGGAUUGAACUACAUCACCGGGGAAAUGGAUGACUGGUUCCUAGGGAGGAAUGACACCUACGUGGCAUUGAUCGAAGCAUCCAUGGCUCGGGCGCUUGCUGACAUUCCCGAGAAACCUCAGACUCAGCUGUCCUACGACGACACACCUGAACACCCGGAGUAUGGCAUCGUGCCACCCCACUUUUACCGUGAACUCACGCGGACUAAAGAAGGAUGUAAGCUACUGAAGCAAAAAGGUCAUUUCGACGAGUUCGUCGCCAACAUCCGCGACUAUGCGAUGGAGAAGGACGAUGCUGAACUGAUACUCAAAGUCAAAGGCUGCUUAUGGGCGGUCGGCAAUGUUGGCUCCAUGGAGCUCGGCGCGCCCUUUCUUGAGAGCUCAGACAUUGUGAAAUGGAUUGUAAAGAUUGCAGAAAUGUCCGAGGUCAUGUCUCUGAGAGGCACAGCCUUCUACGUGCUCGGACUAAUCUCCAGGAGCCUUCACGGGCAGGAAAUACUACUGGAGUACGGCUGGGAUGGUGUCGUCAACGAAGCCGGUGAAGCCCUGGGGUUCUGUCUACCCCUGGAUUUCAGGAAAUUGUUCUUGAUGACGCCAUGGAAAGCCAAGUCGGACUACAUGAGCUGGAAGCGCAAGGCGGAUGUAAAGGUUGCUGUGACCGACAGUGAUCCUUUGAACGCGCGCAUUCUAAAGCUUGCGACCGACCUAGGUAAUACAGUGCUAGCCAAGAAAGCAGCAAAUGACCUCCAGGCGAUCAAAGCAAAGAAGGCGCCUGGCUUCACGAAGCCAGCCAUCUUCCACAAGGUCAUGCAAAUCCUUGAAGCACACCAUUUCCGACUCCCGGCAUGCCGCUUUGUGCUAGAUCUGUUCGACAAGUCUGUGCUGCCACAGAUAGUUCUAGAGGAGGAGGAGGAGGAAGACGAGAGCGAAGGGAGCACGGACUCGGAUUCGGGAGCAGAAGCCGCGGGCGCGAACGGCGUAGGCCAAAUUCCAUGA